CCAAAAACUUUAACCGCCAUGUCAAAAAAGUUCCCUCCCAAAAACUUUAAAAUAUUUUAAAAACUCCCACCAAACUUCCAAUUUUAAAACUCUCAUCCCAUUCACUUCUACCAGAUUUCGUUUAUUACUCUCCUCACACUCUUUCUCUCUCCGUCUCUCCAUCUCAUCGUCUCUCAGAUCUGGAAGUGAGCAGCAUCAAUUGCCAGCGAACAUGGCAGGCAAAGGAGGUAAAGGUCUCAUCGCUACAAAAACCAUGGCUGGUAACAAGGACAAAGACAAGGACAAGAAGAAACCCAUCACUCGCUCUGCUCGUGCUGGUAUCCAGUUUCCGGUGGGUCGGAUCCAUAGGCAACUCAAGACGAGAGUUUCAGCACACGGAAGGGUCGGUGCCACUGCUGCUGUCUACACGGCUUCGAUCCUCGAGUACUUAACUGCGGAGGUUCUUGAGUUAGCUGGAAACGCGAGCAAAGAUCUGAAAGUGAAGAGGAUCACUCCUAGGCAUUUGCAGCUGGCUAUCAGAGGAGAUGAGGAGCUUGACACGCUCAUCAAAGGAACUAUUGCUGGAGGUGGUGUGAUUCCUCACAUCCACAAGUCUCUCAUCAACAAGGCCAUCAAGGAGUGAUUUUGUUUUCUUAGGCAGUGUGGUUAUGUGGUCUGCUAAUUAGUAGCUUAUGGUGUUAAUGUUUGUGUUUGUUUAGUCUUGGACUGCUUUUCUUUCUCGUAGUUUCUCUGUCAGUGUGUUGGAACUCUUCUGGACAUCCUCAGAUGUACAUUAGUUAAUCUGAACGCUUAGGCUUCUCGUUUGAGUUAAUAUUGUUUUUGUUG